UAUUUGGAUGCUGUUCCCACCACCUCAUUUCAUAUGCUCCAUAUUCCUAGACUUGGACAUUUAAAUCUUCCAAAUCAGAAAUCCUUUGGCAUCUGCAGAAAAAAAAAUGGCUUCUAUCACCAUGACAGCACCAUUCCUCAGCGCCACUAACCUCACAAAAGGUACCAGAAAUGGCCAGAGGAGACUUGUUGUGGUCGCCAAUGCUGCUAAAGGAGCUGAAGUGGAGGGUGUCCAGUUGAGCGGUGAGACCAACAAUGCCAGGAGGGAGUUGAUGUUUGCAGCAGCAGCUGCUGCUCUUUGCUCGGUUGCGGGGGUUGCGACGGCAGAGCCUAAACCGGGCAGCGCUGAGGCCAAGAAGGCGUAUGCUUCUGUUUGUGUGACCAUGCCAACUGCUAGGGUCUGUCGCAACUGAAACUGUGUAUCGCUCGGCUAGUUUGGGCUGAAGCUUGUAAUUUAGAGUGCUUGUAAUUUCUCAUCAUUAAGAAACUAAAUUUAAUUCUGUGCUAAA